AUGCAAGUUUUAACAGAGGAAUUCGAAAAAAUUUCUGCCAAGCACAAGCAUCAAGAGCUGCAUCUUCAAGGAUUCUCACCAGAACAGGUGUACUACCAGAUCGAAGAUCUGUGUCUACACAUCCUGCAAACAUCGGAGUCUGCAAUAAACGAUCUUUGCCCAAUAUACGAAGACAUGCCUCAGCCAAUCGAUCACAAAUGCAAUUGCAAAGACAUCCAGCAAGACUGUUGCGUCUGUAACAAUAGCAGCAUUGCAUCAAACACGCCUAGCUUCAUACAAGACGAAGACUCUUCAAUCUGCAGUUCAGAUCCCAGUAAUGAAAACAGCUCGAGCUAUGCUUCUGAACACAGUUUGGAUUCAGACGACUUUAAAAUCUCCAGAGAAGACAUCUCGCAUAUGCCGGCCGAGGAUCUCAUGAAGCUUCUGGAUUCUAAAACUAGGCAUGCCUCAAAACAUUACAUCGAUGAUUCACAUUCUUCAGAAGAUGACUCCCAGCAAAAAUAA